AUGCAAUAUCAAGUUUUACUCAGUUUAUGGUCCUUGGUAGCUGGACUGUGCAUGGCUAUUACGAAUGACAACUUACUCCAGAGGUCUCGUAAGAGUAGCGAUAAUAUCAUAGAGUUGACUGACGGUAACUAUCAGAGGAUUUUGGGUACUGGACGUAAUGCAUGGAUAAUGGUGUUUCUAACAUCAUCGUCUCCGCAAAUUGGAUGUGCAACUUGUAUCGAAGCUGCAGAUGAGUAUAAACUAUUGGCUAAAUCUUGGUUCAAGGAUCAUCCUGAAGGUGUUUCCACGGCUGGUGAAGAAGAAGCUUCCUUAUUUUUUGCCAUUUCAGAUCUAAAGGAUUCUAAGAUUCCUGAAACCUUCUCAUUUUAUGGUUUGGAACAUGUUCCUAAAUUCUUCUUAUUUGGACCAGGUGGUAAUAUUCGUGAGUACGAAACUAUAGAGCUAAUGAGUGGUGGCGGCAUGGAACGUGUUCUAGGAUUGGUGAGUGAUAUCAAGAAAAGUACCAAUAUUCCUGAUUUCAACAUUUAUCAACCAAUGAACUGGUCAUUAAUUUCCAUCGUUGCAUUCACUACGUUCUGUAUAUCUUACAUGUUCAAGAGACAUUACGAAUUAACCACAAAAAUUUUAUCGAUGAGACCACUUUGGGCCCUUGUAUGGACUUUCUUUACCAUUUUGAUGCUUGGUGGGUACAUGUUUAAUUUGAUUAGAGGUUCUCAAUUGGCAGGUGUCGGUGAAAAUGGUGAUUUGGUGUAUUUCCUACCAAACCAGUCUUCGUCUCAAUUUAGAAUUGAAACCCAAAUUACUGGUGUAAUUUACAGUGGGUUGGCAGCAGCUGUUGUUGGACUGGUGUUGGCCGUUCCUAAAUUGAAGAGUUAUUACAAGGGUACUAGUAAGUCUACCAUCGUGGAAGUUGGAUCUAGUGUCGUUUUUGCCAUCAUGGUCUACGCAUUCUUCGCAGGAUUGACAUCAAUCUAUGAAAUUAAACAACCAGGCUACCCAUACCCAUUGACUAAAGUUUCUUCCCUGUUUAAAUAG